AUGUGAAGGAUCGUGGCGGCUCCGGGUUCCCAGAGAGGCUGCGACGCGGCGGAUGACAACAUUAGGCCGCGACGCGCUUCCAGCAGGGCGGCGGUGGUAGCGGCAGCCGGAGCGGCUGUCGCGUUAGCCUUGGCCGCGAUAGUAGCCGCCGCCGAUAGCGGGCUGACGGAGGGAAGGAGGGGGCCCGCCCUGGCCGGUGGACCGCGGGGCCGAGUUCUCUCCCCGCUCGUGGGCCGAGCCCCCGCGGCAGCUGGACAGACAGCGCCCUCCAUCCCGCCUCGCGCCGCAGUUGCCGCCGGCGACCGCGACCGAGAGAAGUUGGGGUCCGGCCGGACGUGUGUAGGGUCUCGGACCCCGGUGCUGCCCCUGCGCGGGAGGAACCGGCCCCCUGUGUGCCGCCUGUCCUGCGGCUACGCACCGGUGGCUGAGCACAAGGAGAUCAAUUGAAGUGCUUGGUUGGAGCAGUUGUGACUGAGGAUUUCCAGACUUAUAGAAUGGCUAAACAUUAAUGGAAAGAGACGCAUAAAUCUAUCUUCUUCCAUUAUGGAGGCAGGUUUGACAGAUGGAGAACCUGACCGAACUUCGAUCUUGCCAUAUUCAGAAGUUGCUGAAGUUCAAGAGACACUUCUUGGUGAUAGCAAAGAUAUCCUUGGGCCAUCAACUGUUGUAGCAAACAGUGACGAAUCUCAACUUCUGACACCAGGAAAGAUGAGUCAACGCCAAGGGAAAGAAGCUUUUCCAACACCAACUAAAGAUUUGCAUCAGCCAUCUCUUAGUCCAGCAAGUCCUCACAGCCAGGGUUUUGAAAGAGGGAAGGAAGAUAAUUCUCAAAAUAAAGAUGAAUCUUCACUUUCUAUGUCAAAGAGCAAGUCUGAAUCUAAACUUUAUAAUGGCUCAGAAAAGGACAGUUCAACUUCAAGCAAACUCACAAAAAAAGAAUCUCUUAAGGUGCAAAAGAAAAAUUACCGAGAAGAAAAGAAAAGAGCCACAAAGGAGUUGCUCAGUACCAUCACAGAUCCUUCUGUUAUUGUUAUGGCUGACUGGUUAAAGAUUCGUGGUACUCUAAAGAGCUGGACCAAGUUGUGGUGUGUGUUGAAACCUGGGGUGCUAUUGAUAUACAAAACCCAAAAAAACGGUCAGUGGGUUGGAACAGUCCUUCUGAAUGCCUGUGAAAUCAUUGAGCGUCCAUCAAAAAAAGAUGGCUUUUGUUUUAAACUUUUCCAUCCUUUGGAGCAGUCUAUUUGGGCAGUGAAGGGUCCAAAAGGUGAAGCAGUUGGGUCCAUAACUCAGCCCUUACCUAGCAGUUAUUUGAUCAUCCGAGCUACUUCAGAGUCAGAUGGAAGGUGCUGGAUGGAUGCUUUAGAGUUGGCUUUGAAAUGUUCUAGUCUCCUUAAACGUACAAUGAUCAGAGAAGGAAAGGAACAUGACUUGAGCAUUUCAUCAGAUAAUACACAUGUGACAUUGUAUGGCUUAUUACGUGCUAACAAUCUCCACAGUGGUGACAACUUCCAGUUAAAUGAUAGUGAAAUUGAACGACAGCAUUUUAAAGACCAAGAUUUGUACUCUGACAAAUCUGAUAAAGAAAAUGAUCAAGAGCAUGAUGAGUCAGACAAUGAGGUGAUGGGGAAGAGUGAAGAGAGCGACACAGAUACAUCAGAAAGGCAGGAUGACUCAUACAUUGAACCUGAGCCUGUUGAGCCUUUAAAGGAGACCACCUACAUGGAACAGAGCCAUGAGGAACUUGGAGAGGCAGGUGAGGCUUCUCAAACAGAAACGGUGUCUGAAGAAAACAAGAGCCUUAUUUGGACACUGCUGAAACAGGUCCGUCCUGGCAUGGACCUGUCCAGGGUAGUUCUGCCUACCUUUAUUUUAGAACCCCGUUCUUUUCUGGAUAAACUUUCAGAUUACUACUAUCAUGCAGAUUUCCUGUCUGAGGCUGCUCUGGAAGAAAAUCCUUAUUUCCGUUUAAAGAAAGUAGUUAAAUGGUAUUUGUCAGGAUUCUAUAAAAAGCCAAAGGGACUGAAGAAACCUUACAAUCCCAUACUUGGUGAGACUUUCCGUUGUUUAUGGAUUCAUCCCAGAACAAACAGCAAAACAUUUUAUAUUGCUGAACAGGUGUCCCACCAUCCACCAAUAUCUGCCUUUUAUGUUAGUAACCGAAAGGAUGGAUUUUGCCUUAGUGGUAGUAUCCUAGCUAAGUCCAAGUUUUAUGGAAACUCAUUAUCUGCAAUAUUAGAGGGAGAAGCACGGUUAACAUUCUUGAAUAGAGGUGAAGAUUAUGUGAUGACAAUGCCAUAUGCUCAUUGUAAAGGAAUUCUUUAUGGUACAAUGACCCUGGAACUUGGUGGAACAGUUAAUAUUACAUGUCAAAAGACUGGAUACAGUGCAAUACUUGAAUUUAAACUAAAGCCAUUUCUAGGAAGUAGUGAUUCUGUCAAUCUAAUAUCAGGGAAACUUAAAUUGGGAAAAGAAGUCCUAGCUACUUUGGAAGGCCAUUGGGAUAGCGAAGUUUUUAUUAAUGACAAGAAGACUGAUAAUUCUGAGGUUUUCUGGAAUCCAACACCUGACAUUAAGCAGUGGAGAUUAAUAAGGCACACUGUAAAAUUUGAAGAGCAGGAUGAUUUUGAAUCAGAAAAGCUCUGGCAGCGAGUAACUCGAGCCAUAAAUGCCAAAGACCAAACAGAAGCUACUCAAGAGAAGUAUGUUUUGGAAGAAGCUCAAAGACAAUCUGCCAGAGAUCGAAAAACAAAAAAUGAAGACUGGACUUGCAAGUUAUUUGAACUUGAUUCACUCACAGGAGAAUGGCAUUACAAAUUUGCAGAUACCCGACCAUGGGACCCACUUAAUGAUAUGAUACAAUUUGAAAAAGAUGGUGUUAUCCAAACCAAAGUGAAACAUCGCACUCCAAUGGUUAGUGUCCCCAAAAUGAAACAUAAGCCAACCAGACAACAGAAGAAAGUAACAAAAGGGUAUUCCUCCCCGGAGCCUGAUAUUCAGGAUUCAUCUGGUAGUGAAGCUCAAUCUGUAAAACCAAGUACACGAAGAAAGAAAGGAAUAGAACUGGGAGACAUUCAAAGUUCCAUUGAAUCUAUAAAACAAACACAGGAAGAAAUUAAAAGAAAUAUUAUGGCUCUUCGAAAUCAUUUAGUUUUAAGCACACCUGCCGCGGAUUUUCUGCAACAAAAAGACUACUUCAUCAUUUUCCUCCUGAUUUUGCUUCAAGUCAUAAUAAACUUCAUGUUUAAGUAGAAGUUCUCUACAGUCGAAUCAGUGAACUAGAAAGAUCAGAUUUGGCCUGGGACCAGUGUUCAAGCUAUUUUGGUCUUUAGUUAAACAUCACAGUAUUUCUAAAACAAAAAAUCUAGAAGACAAAUGUAGAGGCGUCUACCUUUCAUAUCUUUUAUCCUUAACCUGAAACAAGAGCUAUCCUGUUUGGUUAUUAUAGUGAGCUAUAUGUUAAGUGCCAGGACAUUUCUAGCUUUUGUGAGAAUGUGUCUACAUGUGAGUAUAUUAAAUCACAUGUAUACACAGUUGUCUCUUAUGUACUCUUACCUGACAGUAGUCUGUGUUCUAUAGUAUGUUUUGAGAUAAAAUGUUAACAUUGUUCAUAACAAAAAUGUUAUCAAGCUUAUAAAUGUAUGUAUAGUAAUCUAUUUUCUUCAUAAAACAGGCACAAAAUUUUAUCAAGGAAUGAUGGAAUAAGACAUAAAUAAUUGAGUACACUCUACUGUUAAAAUUAUUUCCAAAGUACCCAGUUCAGUUAUCUUCUUAGAAACAGCAAGAAAAAAGUAUGAAUAGUCAAAACUAACAUAUUGAAAGAGACAGGUGGCAAAAUUUUUAAAUUUACACAAGAUCUUUUUAACCCCUAGAAUUUAAUAUUUGUAGAUACAUAUAUAUAUGUACUUAUGUGUAUAUCAAUAUAAAAAAACUGGUAUACAGCUACUAUUAGUUAUACCACCUUGCACACUUGCUGAAAAAGUGUGAUCAGCAUUGAUUGCUUUUCUUUUUUUUAAAAGUCAGCUGGUCCAUAACAUAGGCCAAAUACUAGAGAUGUUUAUAGGGCAUAUGAAAUGCUGAUAAUUCAUGUUUUUGCUUUAUGAAAAACAUUCUAGCUUUCAUUUAGACCCUAGAGUGUUCAAUGAAAGAAUGGAAAAAAUUAAAUUUUUAUUUUAUUUCAAAAGCCAAAAAGAAAGACAAUAAGGAAGGACUAUUGUGGUGGCCUUUAAUGUGUACAUUAAAAUUGGCUUCCUUAAAAUGUGCAAUAAGUUGAGCAUCUAAGAAUAUCAAUUUCUAAAGUUUAAUUCUUUAUUAUCACCCUCUCUGUUCUUAGUAACUUCAUUCUGUGACAAAACCAUAGUUCACUAAGAUUCCUCCUUGUUCAGGCUCAGGCACAUUUUUUCUUAAGUUUCUUUGCAUAUUUCUUCAGUUCAAUAUUUUGAUUUACAUGUGUUUUUACAUAAAUAUUUAUAGUGCUUGAAAACAAUUUUUGCAAAGGUAGUUAAGAACAUGUCCUAAAAUAUAUCUUAGAAUCCUAAAAGUAUAGAAUUUUAAAUGGUUAUUAAAAUGAAAAAAAGAACAACUGUUCUGAUUAUAAAUAAGAUGGUGAGACACUAGUAAAAUUAAAAUUUUUGUUAUGCCAUGAUAAAUUUAAAGUCAAGGGAUGAUUGCUAAAUUACAGAAAUUAAAAAUAAAAUCUGCUUUUUUUCCUAACCAAUAGAACUUAGUAUCUGAAGUAUCUAGGUUUCUGUGAAGAGCUAUUUCCCAUGUGAUGUUGGUAAAACAAUGUUGUAAUCUGUAUGUACUCAUGAAAAUAUUUUUAAAUUGAUAACGGCGUAAAUAAGAUGUACCUGUAUCCAGUAUUUUCGUGACUAUGAGAACAAGUGGAUUUUUGGGUUAUAUUUCAUAUUUGUUGAUAUCUUUUGUAUUCAUAUUCUGUUACCAAUAUGCUCAACUGCCUAUUCAUCAACAUGUAACAUUUUGUAAAUAUUGUACAAUUCGAUUUUUUAAAGGUUUAAAUUAGUAUUAAUUUAUAUUAUAUGUAACUUGAUUGGCUGAUCAUGAAAGUCAUUUCAUCAUUUAAACCUGAAAACUUAAAAAUUUUUGUUGGUGACCUUCCUAGGGUUUUGGUCUCAUCCACUUGCAUGUUGUUUUCAUUUGAUCUAAAUAGUGUUUUAUUUGUAUAUCUUCUAAGACUGGAAAGGUAACUAUUUUAUUUUUUUAAUGUAGGGCAGUUAUUGUGAGUUCAUACCCAAGGAGUCAAAAAUUAAAGAACAGGGUUAUUCAUGACUGUUUCUUAUGUACUAAAAGCGUAGAUCUAAUCUGAUAGUCAGUCCUGUUAUGCUUUUAGUUGUAUGAGUUCCUUUCUAUGAACUGAACACAAAACUCAGGAAUUGGUGGCUUAAUUUUAGAUCAGUACUUAUACUAGACAGUAUGUGAAUCCUUUAAAACCCAUAAUUAACUCUGUAUUUAGCCAUAAUAUGUAAUUGACUUUGAAUGUUCUUAACUGAGAUUACUCUUCCUUCACACAUGAAUUCAUGUGAUUUACAGUUUCCAGUUGUCUGAGAGCCUCCAGGAUGUAUGACUUAUGACCAGUUUUCAUUAUUAGCAAAAAUUUUCUCACAUGAAAAUUUAGAUGUAUAAUAAUUAUGGACAUGCAUUUUUGUUUUAGUUGUUAAAUGUACUAUAUCUUCAGUUAUCCACCAUUUGGUGAGAUGUUGUUGGGUAGGAAAAGACAAAAAAAAACAGGGCUUGUGAAAAGUUACAGUAGAUAUCUUACUUACAUUUCAUAUCAGCACUUUUUUUGUAUCACUUAUAAAGGUACAGUGUAAUCUUUAUUACAACUCAGUUGACAACUGCAUUCCAUUGAAAAGUUGGCCUUGUAAAAUACAACCCUCAUUUAAUAUUCAUGCUUUUGUGCCUUUAAGAAAA